CCACCAUUGCUGAGUUUGUCAAAGAAAGAAGAAUAUUAACCACAGUUCUUUGAGGUAUAUGUAUGCAAAUUUCGUUCCACGUUGAAUAGUGAAAAUCGAUAAAAAAAAUAUCAAAUAAUUGUAAAAUAGUUUUGAAAAACAAUAGCUAAACAAUUUCUGCAGCACAGGAAAGAAGUUGGGAAACAGAAAUCAGCAUAAGCGCAGGCAGCGCAACACCAACGAAAAACAGAUGAAAAUUAUGGCCGAUUUGGACGCAGUGCAUCUAGGGUUGGACGAAAAUGAAGCUGAUAUUGCUGAGGAACUGCAAGACUUUGACGACUCAUUCGACACACGAAGCGAAGCAUCUGAAUCAGGUUCGGAGUCGUCGGACUCCCAGCCAAGUAUCAGCUCAGUAAGCUCGGCUGCCUCGUCUGUCGGUGACAAGCGUAAGAACAAGACGACGAUGAAGAAGAAAGUUAGUAAAGAGAGUGAGAAGAAACCUACUACGAAGCGCACGUCUUCGCCGGGAGGUGGAGCUAUGAAUGGCAAGAAUAUUUCUGUAGUAGGUAAGAAAAAGCGAAAUAACGAAGAUUCGUCACAUAAAGGUGUCGAUUCAUCAAGUAAAGCUACAGAGAGUAAAGUUGGUAACAGUAAAGAAAAGAAGUUACGAAAGAAGGUCAAUAGCAAUGCUAGCAAAAACUCGUCUACUGCUUUGACAUCCAGCAGCAAUGGGCCUAUGAACACAAGUAGCGGGUCAACAUCAGCUCAUGCUAAUACCAGCGGCAACAAAAGUGAAGCUAGCGAUGCGGAAGACAAGCCAGCAGCGAAAGCAACGUUUGAUAGUGAUUCAGAAUCGGAAGAUUCCGAUUCGGCAGCAAAUAUAAGACGUAAUGGGCGAAAGGCGAUUUCUAAGAGCACUUCGCCUGAGAAGAAAACACAAGGCGGAACUACUUCGACUGGAAAAUCUUAUGAUUAUAUGACUAAACUGAACUAUUUGUUUCGUGGUACUCAUUUCUUCCUUAUUAAAUCGAAUAAUGCAGAUAAUAUAGCUAUUGCCAAAACCAAAAAUGUGUGGGCCACUCUACCACAAAAUGAAGCAAAUAUUAACCAGGCGUUCAAGGAGUCCCGCAAUGUUUUGCUAAUAUUUUCUGUCAACGAGAGUGGUAAAUUUGCCGGUUUUGCUCGCAUGAGUUCGCUUUCGCGUCGGGAUAUUUCUCAUCCUGCUUGGGUUUUGCCACCUAGCAUUUCACCUAAAGCUCUGGGUGGUAUAAUUGAGCUGGAUUGGAUUUGUCGCAAGGAACUUUCUUUCAACUGCACAUCUCAUCUUUACAAUACGUGGAAUGAGAGCAAACCAGUGAAAAUUGGACGUGAUGGUCAAGAAAUUGAACCAAAAGUUGGCGCAGAACUCUGUCGCUUAUUUCCCGAAGAUGAAAAAAUCGAAAUGACACCCAUAUUACGUAAAUCCAAAGAGACAGCAAAGAUGAUGCGUGAGAAGGGUAUUCGUGUUUCAUAUCGCCCACCACGCAGUUUAUCAUCACGUGGUAGUCGAGGUGGUCCUGGUGGUAGCAGCGCUUUUUCGGGAUAUCGCCAGGGAGAUCGUCGUACCGGUGGCGGUGGUCCAAUCCGGCACAGACGUACUUUCAGUGGUGGCCCCCAUCGCCCCUAUAAGUUUCCACCGAUUGGAAUGCCCCCUGGAGGUGGUUUUAAACGAUCAUCUUCGCCAUACCGAAGUGGUGGGAGCAUUGGUCCAGGUAGUAGUGGAGGAUCGCGGGCAGGUGGUGGCGAUGCAGGUCUGCCAUCGUGGGACCGUUACAUGAAUUCUGCCGAGGCAUACAUGGUAGACUAUAUGCGUUCCGUGCAUGGGCAGCUUCCACCGUUACCAUUCGUCCCACCGUUUGCACAGCUUCCUCUGUCUUCUUCCGGUUCAAGCGCUUUACCACCACCUGGACCUCCAUCAAUGUACGACCAGUUACCUCCACCGGUGCGAUACUACGAUGGACCUCCACUGCCAGAUUACCCUCCGCCACAACCAAUCAGGCCUCCGCCCCCAGGUUUCGACAAAGCACCAUCCUAUGAGGACUUUGCAGCUUGGAAGAAUGCUGGCUUACCAACAUUGCCCGAUGGCAUGCCGCCGGGCUUCCCCAGCUUUAGCAGCAGCACUGGAGUAUCAGCAUCCAAUGGUGGGAGCAGUGGAAUAGGUGGUUCUAGCUCAACUGGAGGAAGUGGUAGUUUUUCAAGUUCCAACAAUGCUAUUGGUGGAGGCUCUUCCGCAAGUGGUCCUAACAGUUUCCGCAGCAGCAGCCAACGCACCAAUAACUCAAACAUGAUUCGACCACGUGAACGUGGCGGCGGCCGGGAAUAUCGUGGACCUAGUGGUAUUAGUGGUAGCUCAGGUUCACGCAGCGCUGGCAAUGAUAGACAUUUCCGCGCUGGUGGUGGCAGCAGCGGUGGCGCGCGAAAUUAUCGCGAUGGCCGGCGCUAAGUCGGCGAUAUGACAAUAAAAAGCGUAUGCAACAUAAGAUGUAUUGUGAAGUAUAAGCGGACAGACGUCUGCAAUACAAGCGUCCUCCCAUUGUGAAUGAGAAGCCAAGCAAAGAAAGCAAAGAAUGAAGGUUUAAAGCCGAGUGAAAAAGAUAAAAGUGCGUCAAGAAAACCGAAAAUAUGAUAAAUACCCCUAUAAAACCCAUAACAUGCACGCUGUAACCUCUUCGUGUUCGAACUUUGUAAUUGAAAAUGUGUUAGAAAGCGCGUGAGUUAUAUGCAACAGUAAUAUUUUAUUCGUAGAGUGACAUCUAAUUCUUAAAUGGUAUGUUCUUCAACUCACUCAAUACCGGAAAAGUGUUGAAAUUUUAGGCAAAUAAUUAACCAUGCAAGGAGGGUAUAUAAAUGUUUCGUAGUAUAAAGUGUUACAAUAUAUUAAUCCUCAAAGACAAAAUUAUGAACGAAUCAAGCAGAUAGUGUAUAUGUUUACCCCAGUUUGGUUGUUUCACCAACGACUACCGACCUUCAACAUUAAGUCAGCAUUAAAAUGAAUUCAUUUUUUUAAUUGGGAUUACAAGAAGCAUACAAAAAAAAUUUUUAUUUAUUCGCAAAAUUUAUUGCCGACACAUCUCGAAUGCUGAGCAUACUAAAACAACUAAAAAAUAAAAAUGGAAAAAUAUAUUUAUAUACUUAACGAAAGGAAAAUCCUUUGUGCUUCAUAUAUAUAUAUGUUUUUGAUAUUUAUUUUAUAUUUAUCGUACUUGCAGUCCCAAAUUAUGAAAAUGAAAAAAUGUAUUACAUACUUCAGUUUUUGUUGGCACCGAUUACACGUAAAACGAUGAUAAACUGAAAUUAAUUUUUUUAAGUAAAUAAUUAAAUUUAAUUGCACUGCGCCGUUAAUCAACAAAUUCAUAUGCAGCGAUUUCAUGGUAAAAGGAAUGAAAAGUUGACUCUCUUUCAAUUAUAAAUACAUGCAUAUACAUAUAUAAUUUUAAAUCAUAGUUAUAAUUAUACGUAUCGUAAAAUAUAAACAACCAACACAAAUGUGAACUUUAUUUGCUAAACGAAGGCGGAGAGGUUGCAAGAAUGCUUUCCACUUAAAGGAAAGCAUACGAACUGUUUUGUGAAAAUAUGGACUGCUUUGACCGGUAUAAAGAAAAGACGUUCACCCAACUCCCACUUCACUUGAAACUGUCUUAAAUGCCAGCUUUCCAAAAAAAGGAAUAAUUAGUGCUAAAUCAAGAAAAAUCAGUUGCAUCAAACUACAUGAAAAAAUCAUUAAACAAAAAAUCAGAAGCAAAAGUGUGUGCAGUGUUUCAAAUGCAAGCAAAUCAAACAAAGAUAUGAAUAUAACGGAAAUUUCCAUUAUUCAGCAAGACAAAUUUGAAAGUGGCAAAAGAAAAGAGUGUUAGUGUUGAGAAAAUUAUCAAUAUUGUUGCCAUCCGCACCUUAUUCUGCUGAGGCUAUUUCCGCAUUUUAAAAACCUGUUGCAAUUGACUAUUCAACAAUUUCCUCCCAUUCAUAAUUGAUUGGAGUGAGUGAGUCAACCCCCUUAUAUUUACUUAUAAGAACAUUUUCGCUUGUGUUUAAACAACAUGUAAAAAUGAACUGUUCUAAAUGAAAAUUAUGCGGAAAAUUUCAUACUCAGUUUUAACAGUAAAGUGCAAAAGUUUGUCUAUUGGAUUCGAGCUCAAGAGCUUUUGAGUCCUAUGUAGUUCCCGCAUUGCUUUCAGCACAUACCGCACCAUAAACCAUUUGCCGAAAACUGUAACUAUGAUUUCUAAUUAAAUUAAUUCUUGUCUUUCAGACCUUGCAGACUUCUUACGGAAAUAGCUGUUUGACAUUUGGCACUCCUGUGUCCUGCAUUGUGCAGCAAAUACUCGUACUCGAAAUGAGCAUCAUCUAUUUUAAUGGGACGGAAGAUUUCGUAGUUGAAAGCCUGAAGUAUACUGUGUUUGUUCUAGUGUUGGUAAACUAAUCUUAAGUAAAUCUUUAAAUCAUAAUAAUAUUUUGUAUGUACAUAUGUACAUAUAUACAGGCAUUUGUAGUUCACUUCCGAGUGCAUCACAAUCUAAUUUACUGUGAAUCCGACAUUAGGUGUUCUGUGUUUCAGUUUCAUUGCUACAUUUCCAUUUUUUUUUUUUUUUAAUAAAUUCCGAGUGCAUUUGCAAGUUUUGUGAAAAGAAUUCACAAGAAAACUGUCGCUUAUUAUUCAAUAAAAUUCAAUUUAAAUUGUUUGUGCAUACGUACCAGCUUGCUGUUUUGAACGAGUUUUUAAUCUCGUACUCCGUCAUGCUUAACUGUGUCCAUCGGAAGUAAAUAUAUUUGUCUAAAAUAAAUAGAUGCAUGCGAUAACUUUCGCUACCGUAAUACGGCCUAUUGAAAUGUAUCUAUCUUUCCCAAACCCUUUUGAAAGUGACUUUCCGUAAAAAAAUCCAAAUAUGGCCACAAGUUGUGGUUGUGCAGUUAUGGGUAUUUUUUUUUAAUGGGAAACAACACCAUCUAAUUAAAUAAAUAGCGUUGGCCGAAACUUUUUCGUUAAAAUAAUCGCCAUCAUUGCGAAAACGAAUAUAUGAACUUACGCCAAUUCAGAUGCGUCCAAAGGAUUAGAUUGGCCUUGUAGAAACUUUCUGUUAAAGAUUUGUUCUUCAAGAUUAUUAUUUUCUAUUGAAAUGCCCGCAAACGUAGUUAAUGUUCACAUUUUUUUCACCCUUUUUUUAUUCAAAGGUUUAUUAUUUGUUUUGAUUAAAUUGACAAGUCUCAACAGGUAAAACUCAUUAUUAGGAUGAAUCAAAAAUCAAUUAAAUUCGUUUUCAGAAUACCGUAUUCACUCGUAUUUAAGUUCAUAUUCACUUUCUCGCGGACACCAAAACCUGCCUGCUAUAAAUGUAGUAGGUAUAUGCUGUAUGGCCUUGGCUGUAUGUGAUUGGCGCUUUCAUCCAAUAUUGGGUGUGUGGCCCAGCUUCUCCUACAAUUUUUGGUGUGCGUCUUCAUGCUGUUCUAUAAAUAGAGGGGCCUACAGUUUAAUGUCGUUGGCUUUUAUGAACACCUUUUUCAGGCCAAAAAUACAUUUGGAGGUUUGCCGUUGCUUACAACGGCUAAUAGAAAUUGUCUGUUUCAUGCCGACUAUUAGGAAAUCGAUUCUGAAAUAAUCAAUAUCGAGAAAGCAAUCACUUUUGUUAAGUGAUAUACUCCUGCCACAACUAUGGCAGCAACAUCAUCAGUACCAACCUAAGGGCUAUAAUCAGUGUCUCAUUUUACAGGCUAUUAACAGCCUUCAAAACUCUAAAAGUCGGCAGAAUAAUAUGGACCAUAGAGGGGAGAAGAUCGAGGAUUUGUAAAAGUCAACUGAAGUCGUAACUAGCAUCAUCGAAAACAUUGUUGAAAGUAACAUCUAAAUUCUGAAUACUCGUAGUCUAACUCAUCUAACGGUAGGUUCAGGAAACAUGCUAUUUCGACAGGUUGGAUCCAGAGGGAGUAGAUAGUAUCGUGCGAUUACCUUGCCGGGCAUAUAUUGAGAGUGUCGGGAGGUUUAACCUGCUACAAUAUCUAGGCCGUAUUUGAGUCACGAGGCAGCUGAAGCUCUUCGGGAGUUUAGGAAGGAGUUGAAUGUUGUUUAAUGUUUGUCUAUUUGUUCCAGGAUCUCCUGGGUGUAGUCGAAGAGACGUUGUUGUUGUUGUUGUAGCAGCAUAAACAUUCCCCAUGCAUAUACGAGGAAUGCUGCUGAAGCGACAGUCCUUGCCCGAAUAUAAAUCCGGGUCGUUCCGGUUACGUAGAACCGCCUGUCGAUGUGUCCCGACUCGCCUUAGAGGUGGCUCAGUCUCUAGCAAAUGUCUGCAGGGGUGAUUCAUACGGUAGCACCCUAGCAGAAAUACUUGCCUCCCAGUCAAGGAGCAUGGAGGUAUCGUUGUGAAUGUGUUGUAGAGGAGACAUCAAGAGGCAUCCCUUGACUACCCUAAUAGCAGUAUUUUGAGGUGCACGACAAAACAGGCGCAGCGUUUGUUGCUGUUGUAGCGGCAGCAUAAACAUUUAUACACGGGGAAUGCUGCUGAAGUGACAGUCGUUUUCGUUACGUAGAACCGACUGUCGUGGAAACGUGCUUUAUCCUCCUCUGUUUUGAGCUGUGCUCUCGAAAAAUGACUUACGAUUACCGACCACGCAAAUAGUAAAAGAUCCAUCCAUUUAUAGAAGAGCUGUCCGAAGUAAUCAUUUUGACUAUACAUGCAUAUACAGUGGCUCAAAUGCGUAAUCGUCCAUACUCACUGGACCAUAAAAUAGAAUUUCUGAAAAUUAAUUAAUUUUCGAAAAAAAAAAUAUAUUCGUUUUUUAUUUAAUUUAAUUUUAAUUUAUAUUUGUCAUUUACAUUAAACAUUUUUAUACUGAGAAAUAAAAAUAAACAAAACCAUAAAAUUCAUGUACAAUCGAAUAAUCGUAAAAAAAUUGUCUAUCCUCAAAAUAGUAUACAAAACUUUCUUAUCAGAUUUAAUGGCUAAUUCUUUGACGUUUAUUACUACAUUUAAACGUUUUGGCACACAUUCUACCAGAUUUUUAUGUGCCACCUUGCUCAAAAAGUUCCCGGAAUAUAUUCGGAAAAUUCAAAAUAAAAGUUAAUUCCUCAAAAGUGAUAAUAUCUCCCUCAAAGUACUACCCAUCAACUGCAACGCAUUUAUGCCAGCGUUUGAUCCAGUUUUCGGAACUUUAUUUUGAUUAAAGCCAUCGGAGCCACCUUCGAUUUUUUUAUUACUUCCUUUCGACUCUUAAAACGCGUUCUUUGUUGUUGUUGUAGCAGCAUAACCCAUACAUGUACAGGGAAUACUGCUGGAGUAACAGUCCUUGGCCUGAAAUAAAUCCGGGUUGUUCCGGUAACGUAGAACCGACUGUCGUGGGAAUGUUCCUCGUAAUGAUUUCUCGACUCGUUCAAAUAAAAAAAGAAAUCGCUCGAAGCCAUAUCAGGUGGAUCAGUGUGAAUUCGUUGGAUGUUGGAUGGUAUUCGUUUUUUUCUUGGUCGAAAAUUCGCGGCUAAUAACGGCACUGUGCGACGUUGCGUUAUUAUGAAGGAAAAUGCACGAGUUGUUUUUCUGAAAUCCUUUCUUUUUUGGCGAAUUGCUUCACGUAAAUGUCUCACAACGUCCAAAUACUACCAAAGUCCUUAUUAACUGUCUGAUCUUUAGGCAAGAAUUUGUGGUCUAAAAUACCCUUGUAAUCCGUAAAUUCAUAAAAACCGUGAGCAUCGCUUUCUUUUUUGACUGAAAAUGACAUGGUUUUUUUUAUCUUGGUUCAUUUGGAGCUCCUCACUCACUCGCCUGAUGUCUGCGUAUCGUACUCAUAACCCAUGUUUCGUCUCCAGUAAUGAAGCGUUUGAUGAAUGUUGGAUUUAGCCUUCAUAAUAUUUUAAGGACCUUCGGACCAACUUUACAACAACACAAAGCGAAAUUAUUAACUUCAAUGUCCUGCGUGGAUUCAUAAGUAAUGUCUUAGGCCUCUGUCAGCUCUGUGAUGGUUAAUUUGCGGUUAUUGAUAGAUUUUCUUUCUUUUACAUUAUCGAUGUCGAGGGCCUGGCAUCCUCAAUGGAUUCACGAUCUCUUCUGAAGCGUUCAUGCCAAGUGAUGGCUCUUUCAUUACCGAAACAUUAACCCAGCAUUUCUGAGGUUUGAGCACCAUUGAAUCUACAUCGUAUUUUUAAAGCAAAAUUUAAUACAAAUUCGUUGUUGUAGAUUCAAAUCUAUUUUUAAAACUGUAAAAAAUCGAAAACACGUGCAGAAGUAGAUUUAUGGUGUAACUUUUACAAAUAUCAAGCAAUGACGGUAAAAUUUUGGUAGGAAUAUCCAUCACAGAUGUGGCAUCUUAACUAAGAAAAAUAAGUCAGAUUAUUUGACUUAGAGUGUCACCUGUCGGAAGUUCCGGGCACUUUUUGAUCAAGGUGAAAUAUUGUACCAUACGGUUUCAGAGCUUCCUUCAGUUGGUUUGUGUUUCGAAAAACUUUAUUUUUUAGUUUUAUGGGCAAUUCCUUCCAAAUACAAAUGGAGUAACAUACAGUUUUGAGCUGAGUCUGAACGGCAAACGGGUUUAUUUAAAGAACUUUUUCAUGACAGAAUACACACCCCUUUACCUGCCGAGGGACGACCACUAUUAGAAAAAACUUUCUAUCAUUUGGUGUUUCAUGCCCUCCAGAAUGGUAGUCACGGUAUUCAACCCAUUCGACUAGGGCGGCCGCCUCCCAAACAUGCUCGAUUAUAUUCAGGUCAGACGCGCGGAUGUUUGGAGUAAUUUAAAGCAGUGGUAGAUGAGCCAAAUCUUGGCAACCGUGGAGGUGUGCUUCGAGUCGCUGUCUUUAUAGAAAACAAAAUUGCCCAAUAUAUACAACCAUUCAGUACCUUGUUUAACAUGUUUUAAGGAUGUUCAGAUACCUUGUUCCAAUUUAUCCAUAUUGACUUCUACACAAUUAUAUCUCUGACUACCACACUAUCACAGAACCACCUCCAUUCUUCACAAUAGCUUUUUAUUCUUCGGCUAAAAUUCAGUGUUGGGCUUUCUGCAGUCAUAACACUUUCCAUUCUACCCAUUUAACCCUUUGGGGACUAGUGUCAGCAUAUAGCCGCCCAGCCGAUUUACCGUUCCAGGCGCGUGUCGACAUAUAGCCGCCCAAAUUAGUUCGUAGCUACGAGGCUGUCGCGACUCUGUCUGUCGUUCUGAGCGAUAAGAUACGCAUAGGUAUAGUUAAAGAGUCACGUUUUCAUUUAAAGACAUUAGGGACCAUUAGCGAUGAAGUCUUGUCUCCCUUAUAAUGAAAACUUACGAUGUGGGACGACGGUAGAGUCAGUUUCAGUUCUUCGAUUCAGUCGCUCAGUGUCACUGCCAGAGGAACCAGCAGGCUUUUUAUAUAUUUUAUCCUACGCACGAUAGUGACAGUUCUGAUGAAUAUUAUACUUUGAAUCUGAUAAAAGGAAAGAUGACGGCAAUCCAUGCAAUAAGGAAUCCACUCAGGCAUUUCAACAUUAGCAGUGAUAGCCGUUUGUUUAUAAUUAUUUUUUGAUUUUAUGAAAAAUAUUUCUUGUGUUAAAUAAAGCCUAAGUUUUUACAACGUUCAGCAUAUUUAUUUUCUUUACUGCGCACUCCAAUACUUCACGUCCUCAGCGACGCUCGCCCGUCGAUCGGCUCCGUCCCCAAAUGGUUAAAGUAUACAUAUUUGCUAUCACGUCUUUAAGGGGGGUCUUUCGAGCAAUUCGUCUAUGGAAGUUAUGUUUUUCAACAAAUUUCGAUUUAUUUCAUCAUAAAUCACUUUAUUUGCUAUAUUUCCUAAAAAUUGUAUCUAAUUCUACGGCUAGAACAAAGGGAUUUUUUUAACCUUGUAAAAUUAUGCGUUCUUCGCUAUUAUUAAGUUGCUCUUCUUGGCCUAGCCGGCUUAUAUUGGCAACCGAAGAUGCACUUUUAUAUCUUCCAAUUAUGUUUUGCACUGUAGAAUGAUUACUUUUCAUUAAAUUAUCGGUUUUUCCAAAUGUUUUUCUCUCCUCAUGCAUUGGGCAGCCAUUGUGCAAGCUCUCUAUUUAUCACUUCGAAAUUUGUAGCGAACAAAACUUACGCUUUUUAUGGAAUUUGGUGCGCAUAUUGACCUCGCGCCUGAAGUACGUAUUUACGGACUCCUGUCACAUUAAAUUUGUGUACAGUUAUUCGUUUGGACAUAAAUUCAAUUCUGGUAAAAGUAAAUAAGACUUUGUUUGUGAUUGCGUACACUUCAAAUAAAUGCAAGCGUUUUUCCAAAUAAAAUUAAUUGACCUUUUCGAAGUCCGUUUUAAAGUUCAAUUCAAUCAAAUCUCAUUUAUUUAUUUAUUUUUUAAGAAAAAUUAACCUAUCAAUGGCUUUAAGUUUCAAGCUUUAUUUGUAAUUAAAUUUGCCUUACUGAAAAUUCGUUCAGACUCAAUUGAAGGCGGGAGUAUGCAAACGAAUUUCCUUACCAAAGUCGGUAGCGGCUGUAAAUGACUUUUGUUGUUGUUGUAGCAGUAACUUUGUCCUUUCAGUGUGGCGUAAUCGCCGGUCGUCUUCGUCUAGGUCAUCUAACGGUAGGACCAGGAAACUAGAUGUUUCGACGAGUUGGGUCCAGAGGGAGAGGGGUGUUAGAUGAGUAGGUUUUAGAGGGCAUGUGAAAAGGUGGUUAGUGUCGUGAGAGGUGCCUUCACAUGCUGGACAUAUGUUUAGUAUGUCGGGGUCGAUUCUGGAUAAGUAGGAGUUAAACCUGCUACAGUAUCCAGAACGUAAUUGUGCAGAGCUCUGCAGCGCAACAAAGUCGUGGUGCGCAGGCCAGAGCAUCUCCGAAAGUGGCACCAGCCAUUGCAAGAAUUGCACUGGACUAUUGUCAGGUUCCGAGGGACCCUGGUCUGAUACACGGAGCAGACGGUGCGGGGGACCAAGAGCUGCUGGUUUGUUCCCAUACUGCGAUAAGAGCAGGAGGGUUCUGGGUCAGUGGGGGAGUUGUGUUGCGCCUGAGGGCUCCUUACCGUUGAAGUAUUGUAGGUGGCGGUAGUUUGAAGUGCCGGCACUGAACGGUAGCGCCGUUGAGGCAGGGGUCGCCUGAUGGCGAGAGCAACACGUGGCUACAUACUUUGUGGACCACUCUCUAUGAGUUUUAGGGCCUGAACAAGUCUUAAGAUGGCACCACCCGUUGCACUUAUUGCACCUAACCGAGGUGGAGUUCGGGUGGAGCCGUUUGUGGCAGAUACAGCAGUAAAAUACCUCUGGUCCAGGGUUGGGUUCGACAACGCCAACUCUGAAGAGAAGUAUUUGGAGCAAAGGUGCUGCAAGGGAUUGCUCCUGUGACGAGAGAUUGGGGGUGGGAUACGGUACAUUAGACAGGGCUAGUUUACUCGGGCGGCAGCCCUUUUUCGGGAAAACCCCAAGUCAUUCCGGUAACGUAGAACUGACUGCCAUGGGAAUGUGUAAUAGACUUUUCGUCACAAUGAAUUAAAAAAAUUUAAAUAAAUAAGAAAUAAGAUAUUUUAUAACUAUACGAGGGUUGUUUUUGUUGAGCCCAUGAAAUGAAAACACAGUAAAAUAAUAGUGAAAAUGGCUUUAUUACUUUUCAAAACCCACCCUUCACCCAAUUUUCAAAGUAUUAGUUUCACUCAGAAGUGGAGGUAUCCACGAACUGUUUAAAGGCUUUAACAGCCUCUUCAGGCAUUGGAACAUGUAAGCAUCGAAUUUUAUUUUGGUGGAUCGGGAACAAAAAGAAAUCAUUAGGCGUCAAAUCAGGGCCAUAAAGUGGAUGACCCAUUAAUUCGAAACUCUCUCGUGUGAGCCGUGAAAGCCAACAUUAUCUUGGUGAAGGCGAUUGGUUUUCCUUAAUUCUCCGAAAACAUAUGCUUGCACAUCACUCAGAAUAUAUAUAUAAUUGGCGCGUACACCCUUUUUGGGUGUUUGGCCGAGUUCCUCUUCUUAUUUGAUGUUGUUCCACAAAUGGAGGGGCCUACAGUUUCAAGCCGAUUCCGAACGGUAGAUAUUUUUAUGAGGAGCUUUUUCAUGGUAGAAAUACACUCGAAGGUUUGCCAUUGCCUGCCGAGUGGCGCCCGCAAUUAGAUAAAAAUUUUCCUGCAUUUUGGUCUUUCACCGAAAUUCAAACCAACGUUCUCUCUCUGAAAUCCGAAUGGUAGUCACGCACCAACCCAUUCGGCUACGGCGGCCUCACGCAGAAUAGAGUGUUUUAAAUUUCUCUAGUGGUAAAGUUGCGGCAUGAUCAGAUUUUCGGAAUAAACAGUCGACAUUUACUUUGAGAUGCCUCUUCCACGAACAAUAUUUGUUGUAUUAAGCUUGCCCAGGAAGAGUAGUACUGUCGACUGCUGUUGUUUCCUAGAUUCGUCACCUAUUACGAUGUGGUAGACGUACUUUGAAUCGCCACGGCUGAAUUUUUGCAAAAUUUCCUUACACCAAUUGAAGCAAGUCGAUUUGUGGGCAAUUGUCAAAUUAUGCGAUAUCCAACGGGAGCAAAUCUUCACGCCCUAAUGUUCAUGUAAUAUUGAAUGUAUGCUGGGUCCACUAAUGCCUGCAUCUCGCGAUAUGUCACAUUUCUAGCACAAUAACCGUUUUUGGACGGCUUUCACGAAACACGACUCUGCAAGAAUCGGCGGCCACAUUGGAACUCGUUGUACCAGCGUUUCACAGUGGCUAAGCGUGGCGCUUCAACGUAAAAAGUCGAAGUAAGCCGAUCAAUGUACUCCUGUAAUUGGUCACGAGUUAGUUCCAUCUUUUGGGCGAGAUGAAUUUUUCAGCUAAAUGUAAAAGGAACAAAUAAAGUAAGUCAGUCAGAACGUUACCCUUCUUUCUUUCUGGCUGGGUCAUAUUCUCCGAAUGGUUACAAAUGCUCCGGCUCUGAAAGUAUAAGAUGCGGUACCAGCUGGUGGUAGCAAAGGAAGAGGAAGGCCUCCUUUGCGUUGGAUAGAUCAGGUGGAGAAGGGCUUGGCUUCACUCUGUGUGUCCAACUAGCGCCGGUUAGCACGAGAAAGAAAUCGCGUAAGCGGUUAUCGUGCCAACUAAGAAGAAGAAGUCAAAACGGUAGCUGUAAGUUUAUGCUAAAUCACAAAUAAUAAAUAACAAAUACCAAGCGUGUCGAUAAAAACAUCGAAUUAAACUUCAAAGGCAAAGGCGAUCCUGCUAAAAGGCAACCUUUGUAACAUAUUCACACUCGAAUUUGAAUCUUGUAUAUACUCUCCAAUAAAGAAGAGGCUUGUGAUCAAGCAUUAAAAUUUGAUUUCAAUAGAAAUUAAAAAACUAAGCAAACUGGGCGCGAUGGCUACGAUGGUCAAAAAACCAUCGAUAUAUAAAAUAACCCCCACUCUCGAUAAUAUCGGCGCUAGUUUCACAACUCUAAUAUGCCAUUAAUAGGGGAGAGCUGAA